GCCGCGCUUCUGUCGGACGUCCCUGAAAAUUCAGGAGCUGCAUCGAUGGGCUCGCUUUACUGCGGACACAUCUUCUCUAUGGCGGCGCUUCUGUGUGACUCCUGCAGGCUUGUCAUGAACUCGCCUCAGCUGGACUACGAAGCUAAGGUCGAGUGCCUCCGCAGAGCACUAACUACAGCCGGCGAAGCUGCUGAACGAGGUGCCCCUGCCCGCAUGGCAGCGCUGGUGGACUGCUUGCGGGACGCUUUCCUGUCGUCGGAUGUUCCCGAGGAAGCUCGCUUGACCCUACUCGAACUUCUAGAGCUGCGUGCUUCAGGCUGGAAACUAUCCCUGCAACAGCAGCUUUACUAUACCAGCCUCAACGACGCUGCCGAAGACGAAUAUGGCAAUAAUCAAAACUUGUCACUUCUUCCAUGCCGCGCCGCCGAAUGAGACUUUAUUACAGUUUGUACUCGGAGACGAAAGCCAACCGUCCAAACGUUUCCCAUGGCGCUCAAGGGCAGCCUCUUUUUUUCCCCUUUUAAAUAAACUAAGGACUUUUUUUAGAAGC